AUGGCUAAACAACCAUAUAUUGAAGCAAGUGAAUUAAAUGCCAAUGAUGUACAAGUUACAUUGAUUAUGCAGGGUUUACAGGCGCCUAGUCGAGGAUUUUGUGGACUUAUUAAACCCGGUUGUUCAGGGAAUUUUCACAAAGAUUCUUUCAAUACAACAUCUGCAAGUAUUCGUCAACAAUUAGGCAAUGGACUAUUAAAAGUGGAGCUUGGUGAAUAUUCAUUAAAUGUUCUAUGCGAAUUAACUAAUCCUAAUUAUACUUAUGAAUAUACUGUACGUCAAUUUCCAUCGAAAAUUAUACCAACAUUUUGUACGUUUAAAAUACAAAAUAAUAAAGUCAAAUUACGUUUGAGAAAAGCUUGUGGUUCUGAACAAUGGGCUGGUGCAUUAGCUGUCAAAGGUUUAGAUCAAAGUUGACAACUGCACAGUAAAAUAUAUCAUUAUGAUUAGAAAUAUACAACAAAUAUUUUGUACAUGAUACUAUAUGAGAUCUAUUAAUUAAACUUUAAUAUACAUAUAUGUAUACAUACACUUGUUAUUGAUCAGAAAUAUGGAUCAGAAAUAUCAGUGACUACGAUUGGAGCAUCGUACUUCAGUACAACGAUUAUAUUUCAAUGGAUGACAAUCCAAUCUUUCUUAUGAUUUUCUUCUUUUG